AUGACGACCUCUCCUGCCCCCACACACUCCGCGAUUCCCAAUGCCAAGGUGCAAGGGCAAGAGCCAGCCCUAAGCAAGAAGCAAAUUCCAGAGUGCAGCACCAGCCCAGCAAUUCCCCAGCCAAAGUUCCGGCUUCAUGUCCAAGACCUCCGGCAUCCCGCAUCAAGCGUCUUUCUCGCAUUUAUCCCAGACCUCGCCUCAACAUUAGACAGAGCCCUAAUCAACAUCGUCAAACACCUCUACUCUGUGCCAAAACCCAAUCUCUUGGCGCAAAAGCACCGACCAGAUUUUGCACCCACUAUUCCACCAACAAGAUCCGUAACAGUCUUCCUACGCGACUAUAACGGCGUGGCCUACACAACAGGCACUGAGCUUGACGAUUCCCACAAGGAGAUACACGUCUCUCUCCCCCACUGUACGUCCGGCCCUUCUGCGAAAGAGGACCCGCUUCACGAGCUAGUCGGAGUUCUUACGCAUGAGCUUGUGCAUUGUUAUCAGCAUACUGCGCCGCCAGGUGACUCUGUCCCGCAUCCACCCGGCGGGUUGAUCGAGGGAAUUGCCGAUUUUGUGAGGCUUAAGGCUGGACUGGAGCCGCCGCAUUGGAAACGGCCGACUUGUGCGGGUGAGAGGCCCCCGAAAUGGGAUAUGGGGUAUCAGCAUACGGCGUAUUUCUUGGCUUGGCUUGAGGAUGUCAGGGUUGGGAAGGGGGCUGUCGGAAUGCUGAAUGAUCGCCUUUUUAGGGUUGGGUAUGUUGGCGAGGAAAAGGAUCAAAGUGGCGUUGGGUUCUGGAAAGGUUUGUUUGGGGCUGAGGUUGGGGACUUGUGGGAGGAGUACGGACGAUACUUGGAUGGUUCGGCAGAGGUUAGUGGAAAGAAGAAAUGUUGA